AUGGAGGAGACGUACAUCGAUGAAGACGAGGAAGACAUGGCGUUUUUAGCGGAACAAGACUUAGACGACGAUGAAGAAAACGCAGGAGGUGCAACGCAAAAUCCGCCCGGGACGCAAGAUUUGGAUUGGUUAGAGAACGAAGCAAAUGGAGGUGCAACGCAAAAUUCAAAUAAACGGGGCCCUUCAGAUUUCGAAAAGAACAACACUGAAAAUGAUGACGACGAUGAUGGUGACGAUGCGGAAAAAGCAGCGGCAAAGAAAAAGCGUUCGAUAAACCCGACGCCAUCUUUAACCGAGGAAGAACUGGCGAAAGAAUUGGCGGAGAAGAAACGAAAGCAGCAAGAGUUGGAAAGGAAAGAACGAGAGUUGGAGUUGGAACUUUUGAGAUACAAAUCUGUGGCGAGAAACGCUCCGCCUUUGUUGACUUCAGCCGAGGCCGUUUCGGCGGGAUUUAGAGUCAUCAGCGUGACUGAUCCGAAAGAUUCAACGCACAGAGUGUAUUUGAAAGUCGAGGAGCGUCCGUUUGGGGAGUUGGAUGGCGAUUCGAACGAUGAAAAUGAUGUUUUGUUGAGCGAAAACCAGCUGGCGCGAAAGAAAGGAAAGAGAGGUUACGACCACGCCCGGGCGACGAUCAAUCGCAUUCACUUGUUAAAUGAACCCAUUAACGACAUGUUGAUGGAAAUUGAAGAGAAGAAAUCAGCCGCGUUGGCUGCAAGCUUGGAAGAGCAAGCGAACAGAGAGAACACGAUGCCGACGGAGGAAGAGAUGCGAAGCGCAGAGGAAGAAGAGACGAUGAGCGUGGAAGACUUCGCUGAGAUGCAAAGAAAGAAGAAGAAAAUUAUAGAGCUGAAAGCAAAGAUUGCCAGUGCAUCGUGGUUGACGAAAUAUGCGCCGAGAAAGUUUACGGAUUUGAUUUCCGACGAACGAUCGAAUAGAGAGUUGUUGAGAUGGUUAAAAAUGUGGGACAAAAUCGUGUUCAACAAAAAGACGCCGGAUCAAAUGAUGAAUCAUUCAAUUAUUAAUCCGUCGGUUAUGAAGGCAAGCAACGGCCAGAAUAGAAAUAACAAUUACAACAACAACAGCAGCAAGUAUCAACAAAAAACGGAAGAACUUUACGAUGCGUCGGGAAGACCGAUGAAGAAAAUAGCUUUGGUUUCUGGCGGUCCUGGCUCUGGCAAAACUACGCUCGCGCACAUCGCAGCGAAACACGCAGGGUACAGAGUCGUAGAAAUCAACGCUGCGAGUACGCAGAAAUCCACCAAUGGUCUCGUGGAAGCCGUAAAACAAGCCGUAGAAAUGCGCUCGGUGUUGGAAUCGAUGAAGGGAAUCUCCGUUUCAACAAGGAGUGAUAGCCAAAAUGCAAGGCCAAACUGUUUAGUUAUCGAUGAAAUUGAUGCCAUAUUUGGCGGAAACGAAGGCAAAGGUGCCAUGAGUGCUCUUCUGAAACUUGCAAACGGAACUUUAGGCGGCAAGAAGAACUCGAAUGGUCCUCUGAAUCGUCCGAUUAUCCUCAUUUGCAACGACAUGUAUUCGGCAGCAUUGCGACAGUUGAGAGACGCAUCGAAGCUCGUCAGGCUGCGUCCGCCAUUGGCGGCGAGAGUCACCGGUAGAUUAAGAGAAAUUAGUUCGAAGGAGAAAAUUUCAUCCGAUCCAAGAGCGCUCAGUCAGUUGGCAGAGACGUGUGAAUUAGAUAUUCGCGCGUGUUUGAAUCAUUUGCAAUACAAGUCUCUCGCGAGAGGAAAAUUUACCAUGGCGGAUGCUCCUAUUUCCGGAGAAAGUAAAGACGUUGGGGCGAAAGCGUUAGAGAUGAUGCGCGAUGUAUACAGAGGUAGACAUGCCUUCAUGGAGAAGACGUAUCCGGGACCGGCAAAGCAUUUCAGCUGGAUGUACGAUAGACUUGAAACAUUUGGAGAUGACAAUUUAUUGUUGGAGUCUACUUUUGAAAAUCUUCCCAGCGCAAAGCUUAAUGAUUCGACGAUGGAAAUGUUUGCUUUGGCGUCAAAUGACAUCUCUAACGCAGAUAUUUUUAAAAGUUCAAAACUAGCAAACUCGACGGAUUAUUUCUACGGUCAAAUCGCUUCCGUGCACCAUCGCGCGAGCGGUUGUAGUACCAUGGAUUCCGUGGAGUUUCCAAAAAUCAAAACCGCCGAGAGAGAAUUGCAAAGGAAAAGAGAAAUAACGAAGGAAUGGAUGGAGAAAGCGAAGAUCGAUUCGCGAUCUAUUUCAAUGCGCAAUUCUAGUUCAGUUGACGUGUUACCAUACGUUCUGACGAUAAUAGCUCCCGACGUGGGCAGAGCUGCCGGGUAUGAUUUCAUGUCGCAAAAUGAGUCGGAGGUGUUGAAACGGGCAGUCGACGUGACGCGUUCAGCCGGUUUGACGUAUGCGAAAACAUCGUCAAAAGGUUCAUUCGAUAGAAGUACGUACAGUGCUGGUUUACAGCUGCAACCGGCGAUUGACGAACUCGUAAAAUACGGAUGUGGAGUUCCUGGAAUGGUGUCGAAACCAAUCUCUGCUAAUGGUGCUGCGAUUCGCAUGUCUCGCGAGGAAUGGAUCGCACAACGAAACGCAUUGAACGACGAAAGAGACAAGUUAAGAAACGAAAAGCUCGUCGACCGACGCGAGCUCGGUCCUAACGCCCGAGAAUUGGUCGCCCGAGAAGUAACCAUGGACGAAAUCCGCGAACGCGCGAGAAGCUACAAUCCCGAAGGCGUAUUCACACCAGAAAAAGGAGGCGAACGAGGCGUCGAAAAGAAGCAGUUUACGAAUCAAAACGUCGUAAACCUGCCUCAGUCUGCCGCGUACGACGAGAUGAAGAAAGCGAGCAACGCGAGACUCGAGCUUGGCUUUUCCGGCGGGAACAAACACAGAAUAGCCGCGAGUACCAAACCAAAAUCUUUGACGACAGUUGGCGUGACCAAGUACAAAUACAACGAAGGCUUUACGAACGCCUUGCGAAGAACGGUGUACAUGAAAGAUUUAUUCCCGGGAAUGGUAGCCAGCAAAGAUGUAGAGGAGGAAGAAGGGGAAAAGGAGGAGGACGAGAAAGAAGCAAUCAAUAAUAAGAAUAGAGGAGAAGAGGCGAUGAUGGUUUAA